GACCACGACACGCCUACUUUCAAGUGACAGUGUGCAGUCUGUGCACUUGAAAAAUGGCAGGUACAAAGGAUGUAUUCGUCUUCCUUGUCGUUAUUGGCUCGUGUUUGACCUUUGGAAUAUUUCUCUAUACAAGAUACGUUCCAUACUCAAUGCCAACAAUAAAAGAUGCCGGCAUUCAAUUGAGUGAUGCCAUUACAAAAGAAGAAACAACAUGUCCGCCUCCCCUAGGUGUCAAUCUAUCCUUAGCUUCCAAAUUGUCUGGCUACACACCGCUAAGCUAUCAUACAAACUACUCGAGGAAUACCUUCACCAUAGUAAUGCCAACUUAUGGUCGGAGUGCUCAGUUACCCCAGAUAUUGACUCACUAUUGUGGCAUAUCAAAUGUUGCUAAAAUAUUGGUAUUGUGGAAUAAUAUUGGGGUCCAAGUCCCUGGCCCAAUAAAGGAUUUCAAAUGUCAAGUACCGCUGAAGAUAAAGAUUAUGGAAGAGAAUAAGUUAACAUCUCGUUUUGUACCUUACCCUGAAAUAGAGACUGAAGCAAUAUAUGCAGUUGAUGAUGACAGGAUGGUCGACCCUGUUGGUAUGGAAAAGGGUUUUGAAGCAUGGAAGGCAUUCCCUCAUCUUAUUGUUGGGUUUUGUGAAAGAUCUCACUCAUUUAAAAAUGGUCGAUAUAAAUACAGUGGCGGCAAAUCUUAUUCAAUGAUACUCACAAACUCUGUAUUCUUACACAGAAUGUAUCUUAAAAUGUUCACAGAGUCCCUUCCACAUUCUAUUCAUGCUUUCAUAGAUAAGAACAUGAAUGGAGAGGAUAUAGCAAUGAAUGCCAUGGUUGCUGACUAUCUUAAAAAGUUAGACAGACCGCAGUGCCCCUGCGUAAAGGUAAAAGGCUCAACUAAAGAGAUUCACAUGAAACCAACUAAACCUGGUCAGUAUGUAAGUCUAUAUCAUCGUGGAAAUCACAUGAAAAAGAGAGAUGAGUGCUUAAACUUGAUAGCUAAUGAAUACAAAUACAUGCCUUUAAUACCUUGUAAAUUUGUAAUAACAUGACAAUUUAUCCUCACAGUACUCAUUUUAUCAUUAUUUAACAAAAUUAAUAAUUAAUUUUUAUCUAUAAUGAAUAUCUGUCUAUUGCUAAGUUAAA